GCUCCGCGUCUUCCGAGUCCUCCGCGGGCGGCGAGCCCGCCGCUCGGAGCCCAUGGAACCGGCGCGGGGCGCGCUCCGUGCGAACGGCGGGGCCGAGGCGCUGCUGGGCGAGCUGGAGGUGCGGGUCCAGGACGUGGUGAGGGUGAGCUCGUGGUGGGAGCGCCACGGCGUGGACUGCGCCAUCCUCGCGCUCAGCCUCCUCGCCUUGCCACCCGGGUUCCUGUGCCUGCGCUCUGAGAAUCUCCUGGUCUUUGCCCUGGGCAUCACCAUCCUGGGUGUGUGCCACUACACGCUCACUGUCAAGGGCAGCCACCUUGCCACUCAUGGUGCCCUUACCGAGUCCAAACGCUGGAGCAAGAUCUUGGUGCUUUUCUUUGUGGAGGUAUGCACGUCCUUCACUGCAGAGCACGCCAAGUACGGACACGUCAAGAUGCACCAUAGCUACACCAACGUGCUGGGCCUGGGGGACUCAAGCACGUGGAAGCUGCCUUGCCUCAACCGCUACGUCUACAUGUUCCUCGCUCCUUUCUUGAUCCCCAUCCUAACCCCGCUGGUGGCUGUCGAACGGCUGAGAGAGGUGGAGCUCAGGACAGCCCUGCGGACGCUUAGCCUGAUUUCCCUGGGCCUUUAUUCUCACUACUGGCUGCUGCUGAAUGUGUCUGGCUUCCAGAGCCCCAGCUCAGCCCUGGUCUGCAUGCUCAUCACCAGAUCCCUGCUGGCCCACCCUUACCUUCAUGUCAACAUCUUCCAGCACAUCGGGCUGCCCAUGUUCUCCCGGGACAAGAAGCCCCAACGGAUUCACAUGAUGAGCCUGGGGGUGCUUAACCUGCCCCGGCUGCCCGUCCUGGACUGGGCGUUCGGCCACUCCCUCAUCAGCUGCCACGUGGAGCACCACCUCUUCCCCAGGCUCUCCGACAACAUGUGCCUGAAGGUGAAGCCCGUGGUGUCCCAGUUCCUCCGUGAGAAGCAGCUGCCGUACAACGAGGACUCCUACCUGGCUCGCUUCCGGCUGUUUCUCCACCACUACGAGGAGCUCAUGGUGCAGACCCCUCCCAUCACAGAGCUGGUGGGGCUGCAGUGAGGGGCGGGCCGGCGCAGUCGCCCCGCUCUCCCUUCCGGGCCCAUCCCCCGGCUCUCCUGCUGGCCAUCCCUGGGGCUGGGAGGGUGUGGGCCCUUGCCCAGUGGGUGUGGCUCGGUUGCCUGGAGUGUGGAGGCGCGGGGUGGGCAGUGAGACGGGGAGCUCAUGCUGGAGGGCCUGGGGGUCACCUGCCCUGCUUGCUUUUCCGGGUUUUGAGGAAUAUCUGGAGGAAAGGAAUAAAGGUGGCUGGGCAUUCCGGUCAAUCUGGACCUCAGUCAACUUCAUCUCAGGACUGAACA